AUGCGCCCAUCGGCUCGGGCUGUCCUUCGUUUUCCUCUGUCCUCGCCUGUGCGCGUAUUCGUGGCCGUCCUGGUCCUGGCCUCUGUCUUCUACUUGCGCUCCCCUGAAAGCUUCUUGCGGGGUGAGACAAGGAAGGCACCUGGGCCACCGGUGUUAUUGAAGGGGUUUCCGACGAGGGCUUUUGCCGACAACCUGCGCCCAGAUGUGCAGUAUAUCACGACGUGGGUGCAUGCUGGCUUCACCAACGACGUUAUCAUAUUCAUCCACUUACUGUACCUUGCUCUUCUCACUCAACGGGUCCCCAUUAUCCCCCAUUUCGUGCCAACACACAUUCUUGGCCCGGAAACCAGCCAAAUCGACGGUUUCUCUGGACCCGACCUCGACUUCGGAGAAGUUUUCGAUCUCCCGCGGUACAGCCGGUUGACGAAUCAGGCGGUGUUGGAGUGGUGGCAGGUGAAGGACCGGGAAAGCGACAUUGUAGACCCUCUGGGGUGCUGGGAGGCGCUGGUCACCAACAAGCACCACCGACGAGCAAGUCCUCACCGUCUCAAGCUUGACGUUUCAUACACAACCGCACCAAACUGGACGAAGAUUUCUUCUGACCCACACAAUCCACAUCUAUCCUUCUCGGCCCUCAUGGCGCUCACGUUCCCGACAAAACGCAACCAGCAUCUAAUUCCACCCACACACUCUCCGCUACUCAACCACACACUCCCUCCGAACGAACAUCUUUUCUGCUUUGACAAUCUUUACUGGGUGUGCGAGAUCGAAGAACACGACCUCCAAUAUGAGUGGAGCGCUGCGUGGCGGCUUGUGGGUCAACACCUCCAUUGGACACCACAAAUACUCUCUUUGUCGGAUGACUAUCUGCGACACGCAUUCGGUCUCGAGGCCACAAACGCCCCCAUCCCACCAUUCAUCGCUGUUCAUGUCCGUCGUGGCGAUUUUGCAGACCCAAAUACGUGCGACAAGUUCCCCUCCGAAGAAUGCUACGCGCCAAUCUCCUUCUACCAUAUGCGUGUGAAGGAAAUGCAGGCAGAGCUGCUCGCAUCCAACGGCGUCGUCGUCCAACACGUCCUGCUUAUGUCAGACGAGCAGGACGAGACAUGGUGGGCACAGGCGCAGGCUGCUUACUCUUCCGAGGGUUGGGCGAGGGCGAGCCAUGUAGAGCUGCAGACGGUUGAGAAGUAUGGGAUGUGGUAUCCGAUUCUGAUUGACUCGGCGAUGCAGACACAUCGGAUGGUGCUGGGCAUUGUUGGCACGAUGAGCUCGACGGUGUCGGUGAUAUCGGGAAAGCGGAUAGCGAGCUGGAACGAGGGGACGGCUCCAUUGAAGAUGGUUCCGUAUGGCCAGUGGAUAAAAGAGAACCUAAAGUAG